AUGACAAAAGUGAUUACAACAUUAACGGAGGAGAAUUUCGAUACAUCACGGUGGAGAAUAGAUAGGACCGCGCUUAUACAAUUUGAUUACUUCUACACGAUGAUUGAGUCAUUAUUUGUUAGCGAUCGCUUCAAUCUGUCCGAAGAUUGUGAUGCCAAAAUUUUAUCAAUUGGUUUAGGAGGUGGAACAGUUACUAGCUUCCUGCAUCAAAUAUUUCCUCGGAUGAAUAUAACCGUUGUGGAGAUCAGCGGACAAGUGCUGAACGCAGCUAGAAAGUGGUUUGGCCUUUUAGAAGAUGAUCACCAACGAGUCAUCCUGACCGAUGGAAUUACUUUUCUAGCUGAUAGGGCUAAGAAAGGAGCUUCUUACAAGGCAAUUCUGCUGGAUGCAUGUUUGCCACACUUUGCAAGUGAUUUGGUUUGCCCUUACAAAUCAUUUACCGACGAAGAUGUUUUGAAAAAUAUUGCGACUUUGCUGUCCAAACAAGGUAUAUUAGUUGUCAAUGCUCUAUCUUCCUCCCGUAGGUAUGCCAACGAUUUAUGUUCCUAUAAAGACGACAAACCGUAUCAGUACUUAGUCAAAAAAUUUAAUACAGUUUUUGGACAUUGUGAGAGGCAGAAAACCGGCUCGCCUAAUCAGAUAAUUUACUGCUUGCAUCAAAGUGCCAUGCCGAAGCUUCGUAUCAACACACAGCAGUUUCUAUCUGAAAAGGCGAACAUAAUCACGCAAAAGACAAGGCAGCAUAAUUGAUACGGUUAUAAAAUCUGUUCUACAAAUUUAUUUCUCAAAUGCAUGUUAACUUUGAAGCCUAGCGGAUAGUUCACGCACAGAAAACUACAUCUCUAUGUUUUGAAAAUCUGAAUAACAAAACGCUAUGUCCUAAAAUCAACCAUUCUCCCAAAAGGAACUUGAUUUUUCAAAAUGUUUUGUAUAUUGUUUGGAAAUGGAACCCUAGACUGGGAAAGGGUGUAGAGUAUAUGCUAGCUACAGCUCUAGGUCGAGAAAUUUCGUUGGGUCGAAAAUCAUAAAAAAGCCCAAAAACGCAGAAAAAUCGGAGCGCCCCUUCCGCGGAGAAGUUUGAGUGUGUUUUGCUUUUGAAAAUCGGUAAUACUAAAAGCGUUCAUUCGUAAUCUUAUAUAUAACUGAAUGUUUGUUUGUAUGUAUGUC